CAUGCGCCGAGGAAAGCAAGUCUUCUCCCUCGCCUUUCCCAAUGCGGUCGCGUCGCCCGACGCUGCGUGGAUGGAGAAGAGCGAGAGUGCCCUUUGCGUCAUCUGCCACUCGCCGUUCCAGCUCUGGACGAAAUGGAAGCACCACUGCCGCCUCUGCGGCCGCCUCGUCUGCGCAUCCUGCUCGCCCCACCGCGCCUACAUUGACAAGGCGUCCAAGCGCACGUGCCGCCUUUGCGGCGACGUGCUGCACAUGCUGCAGGCGCUCGGCGACGCCCGCGUGCACAGCAAGGCGGGCAAGCCAUCGCCGUUGUUCUUUCAGCAGCCGCACCCGGCCGACGAGUACAGCACGAUCAUGGCCAUCUCGCACGCCGCGCUGCGCUCGGACCUCUGCUACAUCAUCUCGGCGUCGUGGCUAAGUCGGUGGCUGGCGUAUGUGACGGCGGGUGGCGACCACCCAGGCGCGAUCGCCAACCACUCGCUACUCUCGUUCCACCGCGGCCAGCUCUUGCCGAAACCUGACUUGCCGUUAGGUGCCUACCAUACCAUCCACCCGGACGUGUGGAAGGUGUUUCAGCACUACUACGGCGGCGGGCCAUCGAUCUCGGUCGUCGGCACCUCGAAAGCGUGGAACAUUCAUUUGCGCCCGACCGAGGUUUUUGGCCACUGCUGGUUCCCCAUGGACGACGACGACAACGACGGCGUACACGAACGCCCGAGCGUGAUCCUUCGGCACCUCGUGGUGACACCGCCUUUGCUUGUCGUGCCGUCGACGCUCGCUGCGCGCUACCACAAGGCGCCGUGUCGCCCGCGGGACCUGGAUUCCCUCCCAACGCCGUAG